ACAAGCAUGGCGGUGCUUGUCAUGGACAACGGCGCGUACAGCGCCAAAGUGGGGUAUUCCACUGCAGUUUCUCCAAAAAUCAUACCAAACUGCAUUACAAAAGCAAGGAAUGUAAGGACAAGGAUAUUCAUUGGGGAUCAAAUUGAAGACUGCAAAGACUUGUCAGGUCUUUUCUAUAUUCUACCAUCACAAAAGGGUUACUUGGUUAACUGGGAAGUAGAGCAUCAAAUAUGGGACCAUGUGUUUGGCAAGGAGUGUAUGAAGGUUGAUUUUGAUAACACAGGCCUUAUUUUUACUGAGCCAUAUUUCAACUUUGCCUCCAUUCAAGAAUCUCUCAAUGAAAUUUUCUUUGAAGAAUAUGGGUUUCAGUAUAUUUACAGAACUAAUCCUGCUUUUUUAAGUCAGUACAAACACCAAAAGAGUCUUUCUGAGAAACAUCUCUGCAGUCUGGUGGUCGACUCAGGAUAUUCAUUUAGUCACAUUGUUCCAUAUCACAAUGGGAAAAAAAUAAAAAGUGCAACAAAAAGGACAAAUGUUGGUGGAAAAAUAUUAACAAAUCACCUGAAGGAAAUUAUAUCAUACAGGCAACUCAUGGUAAUGGAUGAGACAUAUGUCAUCAACCAGAUGAAGGAAGAUGUUUGCUACGUGUCAACACAAUUUCAGAAGGAUAUGGAUAUAGCAAGGAAAAAGGGGGCUGAUAACACCGUCACAUGUGAUUACGUUCUGCCAGAUUACACACACAUAAAAAGAGGCUAUGCCAAAACUAGAGAAGAGAGCACUGGGAAGGCAAAGGGAUCAGAGCAGAUAAUACGAAUGAACAAUGAAAGGUUUGCUGUGCCAGAGAUACUCUUCCACCCAUCUGAUGUUGGUAUUCAGGAAAUGGGAAUUUCUGAGGCAAUAAGCUAUGUGGUCAAGUUAGCACCUGAAGAGAUGCAGCCACAUUUACUCCGGAACAUUGUGCUGACAGGAGGAAACUGCAUGCUUCCAGGAUUCAAAGACAGAGUGUACCAAGAUGUACGAUCAUUAACACCAGCUGAUUAUGAAGUGAAUGUCACUCAACCAAACAAUCCCAUUACAUUCAGCUGGGAGGGUGGUGCAGCACUGGCACAAGAUCCUCAGUUCAAGAAAAUGGUGGUAACAAAGGCAGAGUUUGAAGAACAUGGACAGGAAAUAUGCGAGGAAAAAUUUGAUGUCUGAUGUCAGAUAAGCACAUUUGUCAAAUUAUAUUAAGUAUAUCUGCCCCACAGCUGAUACUCAUAUGAAGUUUCAGUUUUUGAAAACUUCCAAUUUACCAUCUAAUUUAGUAACAUACAAAGAAUUUCACAGCAAAAUUCAGCUAUUAUUGUCUUUGGUAAAGGUUGAUUAUAUUCAUCUUCUUGACAAUUGACAUGGUUAAGACAAGGUUGGAGAGCAGGGCAGAGCUGGAGAUGAGACCUUGUUGCUUUAUGGUGACAUCUAUGAAUCUGUCAUUCCAUGGGCUGGUUUCACGAAAGAAUUGAAGUCCAAAAGUCAACUUCAUUACAGGAAAAAUCUGCAGUAGUCAACUAAAACAAGUAACUGUUGGCUUUGAAAACAGCCAAUCGAUUCUUUUUAUAGAAUAGAUUCAAUAUUUUGUUGAAGCACACAACUAUUGAUUUGAGUCAAAGUGGUCUUUAAAGUGAGGUAAAUUUUCAGUCUCAAGUUUUAUAAUUAAACAGACCCCAAACUUUUUAUCAAGUUGGCCUCACAACUUGGAAGGUUGUUGACUGCUCAGUGGGUAUUCAUGGGGCUCAUUGCAUUAAGUGAUCUUCCAUCCUGAUAAAUAUUAUUUUAACACAGUUUAAUGCAACUGUGAACAAACACGAAUAGACAUUCGAAACAUGAAGUAUAUGAUACUAAAAGAUUGAAGAUGCGUUGCUACAUAUUGAAAAGUUUUCGAAUCAUGUAGAUACAGAUGGUUAUUAUAUAAACUAGAUAUAUAGAAAAUUACAAAUAAGAAUAAAAAUACAUUAUAUUGGUUAUUUAUCCUUUAUUUAUUACCUAGGUGGUAAAUAUCUUGCAGGCAAAGAAAAGCAGAGUAUUUGCACUUUUAGUUUGUAGCAGGGCAAUCAGCAGUAGCUGACCAUGUCACCCCAUCUUCUGGUUGGACAUUAAAAAUAUGUCACAUCCUUGGUAAUACUUUUGAUUGGUAAAGCCAGUAAAACAACAGCUUGAAGCCCUUAAUCUCACUCUCUAUCAGCACUAAUUAUCCGCAGGGGACAAACGCCCUGUUAAAAUGUUGAGCAGAAUUAUUAAUUUAUCGAGACCUGUCAUCUAGCAAGUGACAAUUCACUCUGAUGACACUUCCCAUUAAACAACAGGGGGCAAAUUAGGUUUGCAGAGAAAAGCAAAGAAACUGCAACUACCAAAAGGAUUCAAAUGCUCAAUUUCUACUGUACAAGUUCCUCCUCCCCAAAGCAUCAGUUUUAUAUGAUAUUACACAAUUGUUGUAUCUAAAAAUUUUCUCUUUUUUUUGUAUAAUGGUGGUUUAUGCAAAGACCACUUGUUUAAAUUAACAAAGAAAAAUAUCAUAAGGUAAUAUUGCCUCAUUCAUAACAUGCUAAAACCUGAAAUUAAUAUUUUCUUUUAGUGUUAAUUGACUGAAUAAAAUUGUAUCUUUUUAAAAUGUACAUAAUUAAGGGCACUCAGUACAACAUACUGCUCUAAUGACCCCCAUAUAGCCACAUCACUAGUAAUCAUAUUUCAGAAAAUGAAUGUUAUUGUACAUCAAGUCAGUUUUUUUUUCAUGGCAGUGUUAAAUUUUCAUUUAGUUUUGAAUACAUCUGGCCAUACAACAUUCACUGGCGUAAGACUUACACUGUCAUAGUAAACAUGUGACUCAAUAAGAAUACUAACAACCAUCAUA